CUUUUUUUAUCAACCACUAAGAAAGUAAUCGUGUCACAUUGGACGGACGGGUAGGCCUCGUGCCUACCGUUUGGUGCGGCGAUUAUCGAUCGUCCGCGGUUUUCUUCUCUUCGCUCGACGAUCGAGUCUCGAACAAACAGCAGUUUCGGCGCUCGAGCCUUGAGUUCGUGAUCUGGGCGAACGAAAUGGAGCAGAAUGACACCAAUGGAGGGGAAGCACUGGCCAACGCCUAUGAAAUGUUGGAUCUGGAGGAAGAGGACGAUGUCCUCGUGGUCGCACUAAUGGCUCUGCCCUCAGCGAAACACAAUCUGACCAUGGUGGGGACCAUUACAUCGGAAAUGUUGAUACGUUUUUCUCAAUUUAGAGAUGUCUGACUAUGGCGUCUGUGUGGAAACCGGAAAAUGGUGUUUCUAUAACUGAAAUUGGUCCUAGACGAAUAAUAGGGCAUGCAGAAAGUCAUUGCCUGCGUAAGCGGCGGGGCUACGAAGUCACUGGUGAAAAACCUUUUGGUCCUUGGCUUAGAGCUACAAAAGGGCCAAAGCAAUGGAAAGAGAAUAAAUGGCUAGUUCCAGCGGAGAAAGGAAUAUGUUCUGAUAGCAAGGCUACCAGUGGAAAUAGAGAGGACAACAUGCAACCAAGUACUAGGGAGGGGGGCUCUCACCACACGAGAGGGGAUACAUUGAGCAGAAACAAAGGCGUGUGGAGGAUCCAACAGAGGACUAGACCGCCAUGCACAACAGUGAGAGACACUGGUCCGAAGCUUUGGGAGUUAAAUAAGGCCGAGGGCCAUGAAGACUUUAUUUAUUUUUGCUAUUUUCUCUUUUAUGGUACUCAUGUUGCUUUUCUUAUUGUUUGGAACUCUAGGGGUAGGUUGUGGUUCACCUUUUCUUUUUUGCUUUGGGAUGUUAUUGUUGGUGGAAGCGAUAAAGCUUGUUUGACCGUUAAAAGCUUCAAAACUCUCAAAUGGUUCACGAAUAGUCUCGCACUCUCGCUCUUUAUGGGGUGGUCUAUUCUAAGCCUAGCCAGAGAGUGGGGGGGCCUUUGGGCUUUGCGGGGCCUCAAGAGGAGGUUUGGCGUUAUAAGGGUGAUAGUACUUUUAGAGGUCUGAGUGAGGAGG